AGCAGGAGGCAGCCACAGAGGCAUAGUGAGGAUCAAUUUGUGGAAUAAAAAGUAUUCAAAAAUAAAUGUCCAUAACCCUUCAAGCAGAUCGGGUUGUCAGUCUUAUUGUAAUACACAGGUUGGCCAAAUCGAGACACUUUCUAGGGCUUGGUUUUCGGCGUCAUGUGUCUUCUAGAUCUGCACUCUUAAGGCUAACUGUGAGCUCAUGUUAGCUCCAUAGUACCAACACUCACCCAGGCUGAAGCUGGGGCGCAGCCGCAGCACAGCCACUAGCCGACGAUCAUUUCCGACAGCUCCGUAUGGAUUUGACGUCGGCAUACAUUGUUGCUUGAUGUUUUACAAAGGGUCGACUACCGGUGAUUUUCGAAGAUGGAGGAACCUUGUGACCUCAAGCACUUCGUAAAAGAGGAGGGGAGUAAUGCCUCGGUGAAGGUGGAGGGCCUAUCCAAGGCAGCUCUAAUCAAGAGCCUGUCUCCCAGAGUCAUGCUAUCCAACCAUCUCCUGCCUAAAGGGACCAAGAUGAAGGUCAACCUUGAGGAUCAGGGUCGUCAGAAAGUGUCCUUCGGCUUUGCACCGACCAAGAAGCCACUGCAGAGCCCAUUCUUCCUCCCUGCCAGUCCUGACAAGUCUGUUGAUGAGCCCAACGCUGCCUUGUCACAGUCAACCUCAGAAGUAGAAGGGCAAAAUACAGACAUUGAGCAAACUGAGCAGAACCAGACCCCCAUGGUGCAACAAUCAAUAGCGGAGAUACAUUCUCCAACACCAGUCGCUGCAGCCACUAAACUGAAAACGGACCUGCCGAAGAUGCAUUUCAAGAAGCAAAUUCUCAGUGUCUCUGUGACUGAAGAGAAUCCAACAACUGUUGUGCCAGAGGAGCCAAACUCUCCUGAAUUGCAGGUUUUGCAAAAACCAACAAGUGAACCUGAAUUUCCAACGCCUCAGCCUCAGAAUGUCCUCAGUCUCUGCCCGUCUGAAAAUAAUCCCAUUCAGGCCCCUGAUAAAAGGGUUACACCUACCCUCAAGAAGCCAGCUGCCCCCUCAGGAAAAGAUGGAGAGAGUUCCAGCUGUGCUGAGCAGGUUAUUAAGGUAGAGAAAACAAAAACCAGGUCCCACUCUGAUAGUGCUCACCCUGGCUCUGAAUCUGAUGGAGAUUCAGGCCAGAUGUCUUCUAGUCGCAAAUCAGUUGACUCCAAAAGUAAAGCAAACUCUGACAGCAGAAGCAAAGAGAUAAAAAAGUCUUCCUCAAGUUCCCAUGUGGAGGAAAAAGAAAAAAGUUACUCUAGGCGGUCAGAGAAUAAUGAAAGGUCUUCUAGUUACUCCAAAUCAGAACGUGAUCCAAGACACACAUCCUCACGCUCAUCUCGAUCCGAUAAAGAUCGCAAAAGGUCCAGGUCUAGAUCACGUUCUAAAUCAAAAGGGUCCCGGACAAGUUCAUCUCACUCCAGGUCAGAGAGAUCCAGAGGCGACAGAGGGUCACGCUCCGAAAGGUCAUACUACCAUGACUCUGAUCGGAGAUCACACCGGAGUUCUCCACGCAGAGAGAGAAGACGUUCUCGCUCUCGCACUGACAGAACUCGGGACAGUUCUGACUCUGAGGAUGACCACAGGAAGACAAGAACAAGGACUAGUGACUCCAGUAAAUUGUCCAGCCAUUCAACCUCACAUAAAGACUCAAAAUCAUCUUCCUACUCAAAGUCUGAGAAGGUUUCUAAAUCUUCAGAUUUUCCUCAGUCUUCAGAAUUUGAUAAAAGAACAAAAUCGUCGAAGUCUGAAAGGACCUCAAAGCGACUAUCGGACUCUGAUUCCCAGCUCAAGUGCUCUCCGGAUCUGGACUCUAGUUACCAUAAAUCUAGCACCCAUCACAAAUCAGAGACCAACAGCAAAUCCUCUUCUUCCAGCAUGCAUACAAACUCUCAAACAUGUGAAAAACGGCAAAAAAGCAGCUCCAAUGACUCUGAAGCAGAUCAUAAGGGAAAAUCAAAGGCAUCUGAAAAAAUGUCUGGUCGGGAAGACAAAUGUAAAAACUACCCGAUGAAAACCAGUAGGCCAGACUCAAAGCAGAUGACCCCUUCUAGAUUUUCUGGGAAAACCAGUGGACACGAUAAACAAUCAGAUUACAUAUUUCACAGCCCUGGCAAAGCACUGUCAAACACAAACACCACAGAGGCUUUUUCUCGGAGUGAGAAAGAAAAAAACGAUUCCCUAAAAGGUGGUAAUGAAUGUAGUGGUCAGAAUGUUAAGGAGAUGGUCUCAUGCCCCGAUGAAAAAUCGCAAGAAUCCUCAUUGAAGAGAUCAAAAGAAACAAAAUCAAGUCUUGAUGUAGACCCCUCAGCUAUAACCCCAAGUGAAAACCUAAAGCAUGCCGCCCUGGAAAAUGUGACCAAUGUGAAGGAUAGCCCUUCUUCUAAUAAUCGACCACAUUUGAACUCUGAUGCAGCUGUCUUAAAUUCAUGCAGUAGUAAUGAUAGCAUACUGUGCAACCAGGACAAGAACAUUGUUGACUGUUUACCAGGGCCAAAGUCCUUAGAAAUAUCAGAUGUACCCGUCACCCAUGAUGUCCAGCAGAACACUAAACCAGUGAUCGUUAAAGAUUUGACAGCCGGCAAGCUGCCUGACACAAAUUUGUUGCUCAAAUCUGAAUUAUCGUGUCUUGAAUCUGAGGAUCAGCUGACAAUUGAACAGCAAAAUAUGGAUACUGUUCAAAAGAACAGCAGUGCGUCAAAAAAGUCCCGGUGGGAUAUAGUUGGGCAGAACACCUCAGAGAGUGAUAAUUUAGAGUGGUCACUUUGUGCAGAGAGUACGCCUUCUGUUAAAAAAGUGAUUUCUGUCAAACAAAUUGAAGUUUCUAAAGACAAUAACCAACAAGACUCUGAUAUUAACAAACAUACUCGGCAAGGAGCUGAAACACAUUCCAAACUGGAUAAGCAGACUAAGAACUCUCGGCAGGAAGUUGGCUCAGACAGCCCACCGAUAUCCGAUAAAUACAAAGACCAAAGUGAGACUUCACAGGCAAGCACCAGCAUUGACCACUGUGACUUAAAGCUGAGAGUUUGUCAAAAAUUCAAAACAGAUGAGCCUAUGCAUGUAAAUGAUGCAUCACAGGUCGACAAAGCUGCAAAGAUGCAGAGUUGGAAUGGCGAUGGUCAUGAAGACAAAUCCAGGGGCAGCACCCCCAAGAACAAAUUGAGUAAUAGAACAUUACUUAAUCAGGACGGAUUAGGAGGACAGAGUGAGGUCAGUGAUAGUGACAACUCUGAGUAUGACUCCGAUUGCGGCGAGGCCAUAAAACGAUUGCACUCUGUGGUGGUAGUGCCAAAGAAUUCUUCACUAAUAGGAGAUGCACAGGAUACGGGAGCUUCUCCAAGCAAUCUAUUGAACAAUUCCCAACUACAGAACGCAAAUAUCAACGAAGUCCCGAUUCAAGGUACACAACAAAGGCAGGGGGCUGCUUUCUCGAUCCUGGCGACAAGUGGUCCUUGUGAUGGUCUAAAUGAUUCAUCCCAAAGUAGCAUGUUGUGUCAAUCCCAGAGUAAUAUGAUUGAUAGCACGAGUCACUCAGAGGGUUCCAGCUCCAUCGGUGCACAGCGUUACAUGGCGGGUCAAAUUGUUGCCCAUGGAAGUGCCACAGACCCUGCCCACAGUCUUGAUAAUUCCAGGCAGCGUGAGCAAGGGCACACACAGCAUAAUGUAAGCAGCAGAGGUGAAAGGAUGCAGUCAAAUUUCCAACCUGAUGCUGACAAUAUCAAUGAUAAGAAUGGACUCAGCCUGGGUUGGGAAUUUUCACAUCCAGAACAGCCUAGUACUACAUACCAGCUGCCUGAUAGCAGUCAUGGGCCACACCUAGCAAACACUAAACUGGCUGAAACCUCUGCCAUGGGACAGGAGCAGAAGCAGAGUAAUGCCACCUGGAAUCAUCAAUCCCCAAACACACAGACUAUCAGACAACCCUACCUCCAUGUGCAUGAGCAUUAUCCAGACCCUGCAGGUGAAAUCCAUCCUGAUUCCCUAACUAAUGACCAGGACGACUUCAGUGAGGAUAAACUGUCUAACCUCGGUAAAACAGCUGUUGAAUGUGCUGGACUACAAGGGCACGAAAUAAGCAGCAACAGCAGGGGCUCUGCUUUGCCAGACGCCCCUAGAGAAGACAAUUUAAGACCCCACAGAGGAAGGGGCCCUCCCAAGAAAAGGCGGCCAGAGAUCGAGUCUGAUUCAGACAAUGAAGCAGAAGCUGGGCCUGCAGGCAAGAGGGAGCGUCCAGAAAGUGCUGACGUCUCUAAAGAAACUCAUGUCAGAGCUGAGGUGCAGCGUCCCUUGCUCAAUUUGCGAGACUUUCAAGACUCCAGUAAAUGGAGAGAGUUUUCCAGGUCUAAGAAGAUGCCCCCCUACUUUGACUUGAUUGAGGAGAACCUGUACCUGACAGAAAGAAAGAAAAGCAAAUCCCAUCGAGAUAUCAAGAGAAUGCAAUGCGAGUGCCCAGUGCUGCCCAGAGAGGAGCGCUCCAGAGGAGUAUUGGCAUGCGGGGAAGACUGUUUGAAUCGGCUGCUCAUGAUUGAGUGCUCCUCACGGUGUCUGAAUGGACACUACUGCUCUAAUAGACGCUUUCAGAUGAAACAACAUGCAGACUUCGAGGUCAUCCUCACAGAAGAUAAGGGCUGGGGUCUACGGGCAGCUAAGGACUUGAUUGAAAACACCUUUGUGCUGGAAUACUGCGGGGAGGUUUUGGACCACAAGGAGUUCAAAACUAGGGUGAAAGAAUAUGCUCGCAAUAAGAACAUCCACUACUAUUUCAUGGCUCUAAAGAAUAAUGAGAUCAUUGAUGCAACGCUGAAAGGGAACUGCUCCCGUUUUAUGAACCAUAGCUGUGAACCCAACUGUGAGACCCAAAAG